CAUAGUACCAACAACAAUUAAAUUGACAUAAAAUUGUUUUCUUUGAUUACUUUUUGAGCAAUGCUGGUGUAAUUUAGAGACCAAUUGUUUUCUAUAUGCAACCAGGUGCACAAUUAGCCAUGGCCACCACAACCAGCGGUAACGGUAAGGCCAAUAUCGAACGCCUCUGCCGUAUUUGCUUGCGUCAGGUGGGCGAGGAGCAGCAGUUUCACUUCAUCUACGACGAUGCCCCCAUGGAGCAGGGAGCCAAUUUGGUUGAAAUACUCAACGCCUGCACAAGCUACAUGUGCGAACGCUCGGAGGAUGCCCCUGCCAAAAUGCCACAUCACAUUUGCGAGGAAUGCCUUAAGGCAGCCUGCCAAGCUUAUCGCUUUAAGCGUGAGGCAGAGAAAUCCUAUUGCUCUCUUAUGUCGUUGCUGGGCCUGGAGCCGGCACUCAAACAUAAUGAAGUGAGUACACAAACAGAACAGGUGGCUCUCUUGCCAUGUGAGAUGUGCCACGAUAAGUUCCUCAAUAGCCUGGAGCUGCGUUUGCAUAGAAAUCGUGAGCAUAGCGGCCAAAAGGGAUCACCUGCGGAGGAAUUCAAAUGCAAAUUCUGUCCCCAGCAGUUCCAAAAGUUGCGCCAACUGCGCAGUCAUUUGUCACGCAUCCAUGACCAAGUGGACCGGGUUCAAUGUAACUUAUGCGAUCGAGCCUUUAGUCGGCGAGAUCAUUUGCAGCGGCACAUGAAAAAUAUGCACAAAUCACAAAAAUCCGAGGAGGAUGAGCAACCCAUAGACCCCGAUGGACCAGAUGAGCUGGAAUCCGUUGAGGUCUUGCUGGAUGACGUUGCCGUGGGGGAGGAGGAAGGCGAGUUGGGUAAUGAUCAGUGCAAUACGAAUCCCAUUUCUAGUAAUGAAGAGUCUGACGACGACAAUGAUGAGGCGAAAGAAUCACUUUGGCUUAACAUUAAACCAGAGCCUUGUUUAGAAGCAGAGCCGGAGGCGGAACAAGUGAAUGUCAAAGCGACUAAAAGACGUAGGAAAAAAGCAGAACAAGCAGAAGCCUUGGAGACCACAGAGGCAGAGGUCAAGGCUGAGCCAUUGGCCCAUGUUGAGUCAGUGUUGCACAUUAAACAGGAAAGUCAAAUGGGUCCCAGCGAGGAAGAGAAUGCCACUGUCCAAAUACCAACAAAAACUCUACCCAGCGAUGAGGAUGAAGAAGAGAUGGAUGACGAUGAUGAGACUUAUGAAUUCGGUGACGAAGAAAGCCCUCUUGACGACGACGAUGAUGAUGAUGAUGAGGAUGAGGGGGGCGUCGGCGGCACUGACGAUGAGAAUGACAACAAUGAUGGUCAAUCUAAGCCCAAGGUGGAAAUCGUUCGAGAAUAUCUACAGAAAUCAAAGAAACCCAAACGCCGACGUCGCCGCAAUCGUGAUGAAAGUGAACCCAAUCCUGAAAAUCGUUGCGAUGUCUGUCAACGAACCUUUUCCCGCCAUUGUCAUUUGCUGCGACACAAGCUCUCCCAUCUGGAGAAGAAACCGCACAGUUGUCCCCAUUGUCCCAAGGCUUUUGCCCGAAGCGAUCACUUGAAGGCCCAUGUCCAAAGUCUGCAUAGUAGCAAGGAGCACAAAUGCGAAUUGUGCCAGGCGGCAUUUGCUCGGUCAGAAGCUUUGGAGCGCCACAAACUGAGUCGACACAACGGCGUCGGCGUGCCAGAGGGCAGUGAGCUAAAACAUCAGCUGGAACACACCUGUGAAUACUGUUCGAAGCGUUUCUCCAGUAAGACAUACUUGCGAAAGCAUACACUUCUUCACACCGACUUCCUGUAUGCCUGUAAGAGCUGUGAGGAGACCUUUAAGGAGCGCCAGCAAUUACGUGAGCACGAGAAGACCCAUACGGGUCAAAGGAAUUUUCUUUGUUGCAUUUGUGGUGAUAGUUUUGCACGUAAUGAUUAUCUGCGGGUUCACAUGCGUCGGCAUAAUGGUGAAAAGCCAUACAAGUGCCGUUAUUGCGUCAAGGCUUUUCCUCGAGCCACCGAUCUCAAGGUUCAUGAGCGCUAUCACACUGGCACCAAGCCGAAUUUGUGCAAUACCUGCGGCAAGAGCUUCCAUCGUGCCUAUAAUCUCACCAUUCACAUGCGCACCCAUACGGGUGAGCGACCCUACAAAUGCGACCAGUGUCCCAAGAGUUUUACCCAGAGUAACGAUCUCAAGGCCCAUAUACGUCGUCAUACGGGCGAGCGUUACAAGUGUCCGCACUGUGACGCCUAUUUCCUGCAGUUAUAUAAUAUGCGUAAUCACUGCCUCAGUGCCCAUAAUAAGCACAUUGAGACAAAAACGGGUCGUCUACAACGCACCGGACUCCUGGACGAGGGCAAUCAAUCGCAUUUCACCACGGUAGUAAUGCCGCCAGGUCGUUAUCAAGAGAAUCAUCAUCAACAAAUAAAUCACACAAAUCAAUCCCAAACGCAUUUGACAGCGACCUCGACUGCGGUGCUUCAUUCACCGACUUCGGUUAGUGGCGGUGGCAGCGGCGGUGGUGUCUAUAAUUCCACAACCACUGCCACAUCCCUGACUACCACGGGAACAACUGUUCCGGCAACUGCAGGCCCUGUUGCCAAUUUGGAUGGAGCUAGUUUUCCCUCAACAGCAGCCCCAGCCUUUGGGGCAUUUAAUUUUCCACCUGUUGUAAUGGCCCAUCUCAUGUAUAAUCAUAGUGGAGUCGGCGGCGGAGGCAGCAGUAGCCAGCAUAGUCAACAGAGUAAUGCCAGUGGCAGUGAAUCGGCUGGUAAAUAGCCACUGCACCAUCAUCAUCCCAUUUGUAAUUCCAAUUUAGAGUUUACAUUUCACCCAUUAGUGGAUAUUUUUUUUAGAUUUCAUUUUAACAUUUGACAAUUUAAACUUGAUUGAGAAUAAACAACAAAAAAAAAUGCAUGUAUAUAUUAAUCCUAUAUACAUACUGCAUACUUACUCUACAUACACAUA